AUGUUCAACAUGGCUGCUUCAUUAGGAUUUCUUACAAAAAGUUUGUUGAAUCUCAGAUUAUCAACAACUUGUUAUCGGUGGAUUCAUAUGCAAGAGACCCCUCUAAAUAUCCAUGUAACUAGUGCUCUAUGGGGUGUCCCAAUGAAGAAGAAGAGAAAAGUUGAUCCUCAGUUGGCAAUAAUGCGAGAACAAAAGAAAAAAAGGAAAAUUGAAAAGCAAAUCCGUCGACUUGAAAAAUAUGCCCAGAAGUUAAAACCAAUUGAAGAAAUUCAAAUCAGCAAUCAACUACAACAAGAAACAAAAUUGAGACAGAGACGAAAUACUGUGAUUUCAUUUGAAGAAAGUGAGGAACGAGUGAAAUUGGUAAAGCAAUGGUCACAAUAUCAACAGAAACUGUUUGGUGAAGAAAUGAAGGCAUUGGCUUUGGCUGAAUUAGCACAACAGAAAGCAUUGACAGAACUGAGAAAGGAAUCUGAAGAACUUUACCAAAUGGCCAUUCAGAUGGAUGCCAAACUGAUUCCAUUUAAACAUGAAGGCCCCCUUUACACUGUGGCAAUUAGUGAUUAUAAAGCUCCAGAUGGGGAAUAUAAUGACAUAUCUCGAAAGUGGGAUUGA